UGAAGAAAGAUUUUUGCCUUCAAUAGCUGAACUAAAAGACACAAAAUCUGCUCAAAAUUAAGGUCGACUUUCAGAAUGAAGGUGAUUGUGUUGUUUGUGUUUGUGCUGGGUGCACUCUCUGCAGCAGGGGACGUUUUCUUUGCAAAUGUUGGGGGUAAAGUCACAUUGAACUGUGGAGUCAGCAGCUACAGACACUCUUUGGAGUGGCGUCAUGGAUAUGACCUUCUUCAUAGUGUUGAUCAGAGAGGCUACGCUUACAGAGGCACUGUUGAUCUUGCACGGAGGGCAGUCGUGAGACAGACGAAUCUGGAAAUCUCCAAUGUGAAAGAAACAGAUGCUGGAGAGUUCACAUGUUCGGCAGAUUGGACACCUCGAGAACAUUCACUUGUUGUGUUGUCAGUUUCGGUCUCUGUGACUCCCUCUGCUGUUCUCAAGCUGUGUGACGAGGCAACGCUCCACUGUGAGGUGAAACAUCUGCUAAAAGGUUGUGAAGUGAAGUGGAAGAGCCCAAAUGCUGAUUCACCUGAAUGGCCAUCAACAGUUCAACUCAAACCUGUAACAAGCUCACAUAAUGGGACCUGGGAGUGUAUCGUCACCUGUGAUGGCAAACAACUGAAGCCUCCAACUACAACUACACCAUCCACCCUGAAGAACAUCACAUUAUUUGUAACGAGUGCUCAGAAGACAACAUGUACAACAUGUACAACAUGUACUGCCAACGAAUGCCCACUGGGACUCUCCUGUUGGAUGUGGAUUGCAAUCGGGGUCUGCUGUCAGUUUGGGAUGUUCCUGAUAGUUUGUGUCACUGUCUUGUUUCAGCUGAGACAGUGUCCUUCGCCCUGCCAGGCUAAGUAA